AUGGCAUCCGCAGAUACCCAGCAAAAGUUCGAUAUCCCAAAGAAAUAUCGAGCAUGUGUCUACGACAAACCAGGAAGCAUUUCAACCAAGAUCGAGGAAUUGGAGACGCCCGAGCCAGGAGCUGGAGAAGUUCUCGUUAGAUUAACACAUUCUGGUGUUUGCCACAGCGAUAUGGGGAUCAUGGAGAAUACAUGGCGUGGAUUACCCUAUCCAACACAAGCUGGACAAGUUGGGGGUCAUGAAGGUGUUGGUAUCGUCCACAAGCUGGGCCCAGGAAGUGAAGCUGGUCGAGUCAAAGUUGGUGAUCGCGUAGGUAUCAAAUGGAUAGCAUAUGCUUGCGGAUCGUGCCCACCAUGUCAUCGACAACAGGAUGGCGUAUGCUUUAAUCAGAAGAUUUCAGGCUACUAUUAUCCCGGCACUUUUCAACAAUAUGCUCUUGCUCCAGCAAACUAUGUUACUCCUAUUCCUGAAGCCUUGACAUCGGAGGAUGCAGCUCCUAUGCUAUGUGCUGGUGUUACAACAUACUCGGCCUUGAGGAAAUCAGACGCGAAAAGUGGAGAAUGGGUUGUCAUUGCUGGUGCUGGUGGUGGACUUGGUCAUCUAGCAACGCAGAUCGGUUCUCGAGGAAUGGCUUAUCGAAUUCUUGGAAUCGAUCAUGGUAGUAAAGAAGAUCUCGUAAAGAAAUGCGGAGCCGAGGCAUUUCUAGAUGUGACGAAAUUCGACGACAAAAGCAUCGCUGAGGAAGUGAAAAAGAUUACCGGAGGUUAUGGUGCAGCCGCAGUAAUCGUCUGUACCGCUUCCAAUAAGGCGUAUGCACAGGCUCUCGACUUCUUGAGGUUUGGUGGGACUCUGGUCUGCGUUGCAAAUGAACAUGUUAUCAAAGGAUCUGCUGUAGGAAAUCAGAGAGAGGCUCUCGAGGUCCUCGAUAUGGCCGCUCGUGGGAUCAUUAAGACUCAUCUCCGGGUGGAAAAGAUGGAAAAGUUGACCGAGGUGUUUCAAGAGAUGUCGGAGGGAAAGAUGCAGGGAAGAGUCGUUCUCGACCUUCAAUGA